UGCGUCCUCGGCCAAGCCACUCUCGAUGAAGCAUACCCCGCACUCGGGAGCUCAGCUGAGCUGAGCUUUGCCGAUAGGGACUCGAGUCACACGGAAUCUGAGUUUGGAAAACAGGACAGCAAGUUACAAGGCGUAUCCGUGAUAUUAUUAUGCUAUGCGGUAAAAGCUAUCGAAACUGCCGGAUCCCAUUGGAUUUGAAAGAACAUCAAAAAGGGACAUGGAGGCCCUCAAAACGAUCGAAAAGGGGGUUGUCUCCUGUAAACCAUACCCUUCUCUCAAGCCAAAGACCCAAAAAGAAAAAAGCUGUUUCCGAAUUGCACCUCGAGGAAUCAAGAAACCCCGUCGUUCCUUUGACGCCGUGCGAGACAUGCAAGAACCCCCCUCCAUGGCUCGACGAUGAUGGAAAGCGCAAGGUCGGUCCGGCCUUUUCGACUCUGGUUUAGCCCCUAUCACAACCGGCGGGGAGGGCGUCUGUCGUGUAUCCUUCCACGCGAUGCCAUGCACAUCUCAGUACCGCAUCGUGUCCAGACGAGAUAAUCUCCACCACGCUCCAUCCAGGUCACCUUCUCUCCUCUCAC